AUGGGCCGCUUCGGGUCGCAGACCAGUACCUACAACAGGCUGGUGACGGUCUUUGUUGCCGUUGGGUCGAUGACCUACGGUUACUGUGCUUCUAUCAUCUCUAGUACCAUUGGCCAGCCAGGAUGGUAUAGUUACUUCGAUCUCCCCGCCGAGGGCGAGCCUGGUUACGACAGCAUUACAACCCCCGCCAUCUCGACGGCCAAUGGUGUCUUCAGUGCUGGUGGUGCUGUCGGCACCCUCUUUAUGAUGUGGUCUUGCGAGUUCUUUGGUCGCAAGGCCAACAUCCAACUGGGUGCUUUCUUUGCUAUGUUCGGCGGCGCCCUUCAGGGCGGUGCCAACUCUCUUGCAAUGUUCCAAGGUGGUCGCUUCAUCUGCGGGCUUGGAAUUGGUAUCCUGGUCACCGUCUGCCCCAUGUACCUCUCCGAGAUGUCGAGUGCCCUCCGCCGAGGCUGGCUCGUCGGUCACCACGCUAUCUUCCUUGUGUUCGGAUACAUGCUUUCCGCCUGGGUGGGAUUUGCAUGCUACUAUGCAGAGAGCUCCAUCCCGUCUUUCGGCUGGCGUUUCCCUUUGGCUCUGCAAUGCCUCCCGCCUUUGGUCCUGUUCGUCGGAUCUCCCUGGCUCCCUCGCUCUCCCCGUUGGUUGAUUUCCAAGGGCAAGUUUGACGAGGCUGAGCGUGUUCUUUUGCGUCUCCGGCAAUCUCCAGAUGACCCCGGCAACUUGGUUGCCAAGGAGGAAUUUUACCAGACAAAGGAACAGAUUCGACUGGAGGCCGAGAGAUUGUCAGAAUACGGAAAUGUGUGGAAGGCGGUAGUCAAGAAGAAGUCAUACCGCAAGCGCAUGGCUAUCGGUUUCCUUACCCAGUGGGGUGCUGAAUUUGGCGGUCCCCUGAUUAUCAAUAACUAUGCCGUUCUCCUGUACACUAACCUGGGCGAGAAGGGCAGUAUGCCUCUUCUCCUCAGUGCCAUCUGGUUGACUACUGCUGGUCUGAUUUACAACCCUCUGGGUGCCUGGUUGCACGACCGAGUCAAUUCUCGCCGUCGCAUGUAUAUGACUGGGUUUGUGGGCAUCGUUUGCACUACCUCGUGUCUCGCUGCUAUGACCGCUCAGUACGCUGGUACUACCAACAAGGUCGGAAACGGCUUCGGUAUUCUGUUCAUGUAUCUGUACCUGGCCUUCCAGGGAACCUUCUGCGACACUACCAUGUACCUCUACGUCUCGGAGAUUUUUCCUACCGAGAUUCGCCCGAUUGGCAUGGGCUUUUCGUUGUUCGGCCAGUUUGCUGCCACCCUCAUUCUCCUGGAGACUGCUCCAAUGGGCUUCAACAACGCUGGCUGGAAAUACUACCUGGUUAUCAUCUGCUGGUCCGCAUUCUUCAUUCCAAUCAUCUACUUCUUCUUCCCCGAGACCGCUGGCCUGACCCUCGAGGAAAUCGCCAAGAGCUUCGGCGAAGAGGUUGCUGUCCACCUCACUGAUGCGACGGACGAAGAAAAAGCCCAGCUUGACCACCAGUUCGCCCAGAACGAUGGCAAGCUUCCUGCCAACUACGAGAGCCGUGAGACUUCAAAUGACGUGGAGAAAGAUGACACCAUCCAGCCGUCGCCGAUGGAGAGUUCUGAGCAACACGUUCCGGAGACGCGAGAGUAA